AUGGACGACUUUCUGUCCACAUCGCACGGCCUACACGGUACGGGAGACCAGGAGGCCCCACCGCCACCGUCCCCGGGUUCAGAGAGUCAGACGGGCUCGACCCGCGACUCACCCCCACGAGGCUCUCUUGCCAAGAUCUCAGUAGACUUGGCGGCAAUCACUGCCAACAUGAUGACACGGGCGGACAAGAAGGAUCUGGUAGCUGAACUUCGAGCGACCAUCAGGGAAGAGAUCACGGCCGUCAGGUCGGACCUCACAGCGUUAGAACAGCGGGUUGAUGACCUAGAGGCAGACCGACUACAGGCCGCAUAA